AAACCAUCACUUCUUUUGCAUUGUUUUCAAACUUUGAGUUUAUUUGUCUUCAUCUUCCCAAAGUAAUAAACCUGAUCGAAGCAAACUAAAAGAACUUCAAACUCACUAAGAAUGAAGAUGAAAUUCGUGGUGGUACAAUUCUUCAUUAUCUCUCUUCUCCUCACAUCUUCUUUGUUCAUGCUAUCAACCGCCGAUUCAUCACCAUGCGGCGGAAAAUGCAAUAUGAGAUGUUCAAAGGCGGGAAGACAAGAUCGGUGUCUCAAGUAUUGCAAUAUAUGUUGCGAGAAGUGUAACAAUUGUGUUCCCUCAGGCACUUAUGGAAACAAAGAUGAAUGCCCUUGUUACCGCGAUAUGAAGAACUCCAAAGGCCAGCCCAAAUGUCCUUGAACAUGUUUUGAAGAUUAUAUAUCCUUGAACAUGUUUUGAAGAUGAUAUAAAUAUUACCAUUGUGGUUGAUACAUGAAAUAAUGAGCUUGAGAUAUUCUAUGUAUUGAAAAUGUGAAAGAUGUUGACAAUAAAACAAAAUGUAACAUUUCUUAUAAAAGAUAUUA